GCCCUGAAAGCAUAAAACCAAUGAAAGCCUAAUUUGAAGUCUUUGCAUCAGACUCUUUGUUUCACAUUCAUCUAAAAAAUGACUCAGAGAAACGUUUUACUACUCUGAACCAACUAUAAAGGUUAUAUAGUCUGGAUGGGAAGAAAAGGAGAGUGAAGGUUGAUGGGGUCAAACAACAAGGAUUUGCAAAGGCAAGGGAAGAACAACAAGCUGCUGACUCCAAGCCGGUCCUUGAAGGAGACGAGAUCGAGGUUAUACAUAAUAAGGCGAUGCCUGGUGAUGCUGCUCUGUUGGAGAGAGCCUCGUGAGUCGUGAGUAAGAAUUUUGUUUGGCAUCAUAUAUCCUAACACAACAUUGGUAUAUGUAUGCUACUACGUACUGCAUAAGAAGAAGAAGUGUAGGAGUGUGUAAAUUGAAACAAGCUAGUAAUUCUCUGUUCCACACAGUAGACGACCUACACAUUGGUUUGAUGAAGAAAAAGUUGUGGAAGGCCGUGGAGGACAACAAAAAUAUAGCGUGUCAUUCAUAUAUAAACUCUCUUAACGUGAAGAUGUACAAUUGAAUUGAUGGUGGGCAUUUCCAUGCGUAGUUUUAGUUAUCAUGUUUUUAUUAUUAGACUUUUUUCCACUAUAUAUAUGAAAGGAAUCAAAGAGUAGUGAUUCU